ACGUGUAUAGGUUGCCUAUUGUACUUUAUGUUGUAUAUUUCUAGUUACAUUUUGCUUCACUGGUAAAGGCUGAAGUGGUUACGGUUCAUUUUCUUUCUAUAGCAAAAACAACAAUUUCCACGUACAUUGUUCUUUGAACGCAUCUCGGCUUGUCACCACAGUUACUAUAGAAACGAAGCAUAGCCCGGGAGAGCUAACGUUUGCUAACUGAAAACAGCUUUGGGACAUGUAGACUUUGUUAAUAUGUCAAAAAUGGAGGAUCGCUACGCCUUUCUUACUGAGUGGUAUGACCCCACUGCAGCUCUCCAACGGCGCUACCAACUGUUCUACUACCCCAAAGAUGGCUCAGUGGAAAUGUUUGAUGUAAAGAACCAGCGGAUAUUUUUGAGAAGGACCAAAUAUGAUGACCUCCAUCAAGAGGACCUGUUUGUUGGUAAUCGAGUGAAUGUGUUCUCACGACAGCUUAAUCUGAUCGAAUAUGGAGAUCAGUUCACAGCAAACAAGCUUGGGAGCAAAAAAGAAAGAACUCUUGCUCUGAUAAAGCCAGAUGCAGUUACAAAGAUUGGAGAUGUCCUUGAAUUGAUAUACACCUCCAACCUGAUUGUGACCAAAGCCAAAAUGACAAAGCUUACAUGGAGCCAAGCGGCGGACUUUUAUGCAGAACACCAGUCAAAGCCUUUCUUCAGUAACCUGGUGCAGUUUGUGUCCUCGGGCCCUGUGGUUGCCAUGGAGCUGAUGGGUGAUGAGGCCAUGUCUAUCUGGAGGAGACUCCUGGGACCCACAGACUCUGCUGUGGCGCGGAGGGAGGCACCGCAGUGUGCGCGCGCCCAGUUUGGAACAGAUGGCAUCAAAAAUGUUGGACAUGGCUCUGACUCACUUGCUGCAGCAGCAAGAGAGCUAGAAUUUUUUUUCCCAUCUACAAUUGGCCACGGUCCCUCUAAUACAGCAAUUUAUACAGACUGCACAUGUUGCAUCAUCAAACCUCAUGCCAUAUCAGAAGGCCUGACUGGGAAGAUCCUGAACUCCAUAUCUGCAGCUGGAUUUGAAAUCUCAGCACUUCAGAUGUUCAAUGUGGAUCGGGCAAAUGCAGAAGAAUUCUAUGAAGUUUACAAAGGUGUUGUUACAGAAUAUCCUAGUAUGGUGACUGAGCUGUGUUCUGGACCCUGCAUGGUCCUAGAGAUCCAUGGCACAGACGCACCAAAGUCAUUCAGGGACUUCUGUGGACCUGCUGAUCCGGAAAUUGCGCGGCAUCUCCGUCCCACCACAUUGCGUGCUCUGUAUGGCAAAGACAAAGUGAAAAACGCAGUUCACUGUACAGAUCUCCCUGAAGAUGGUGUACUGGAGGUGCAGUAUUUCUUCAAGAUUUUGGACGGGUGAAUGCAAACGAGAAAACACAUUUAACUCUAUUCAAAGACUUCACAGUUGUUCCAUUUUUCUGUUUAUUGUUUCAGCCUUAUGCAGAUUAAAUAAAGUGACAAGAGCAGA